AUGCAGCUGCAAGACAUGCAUACUCGACUUACCACUCAGCACGAGGACAACCCGAGCACAGUAGAACUAGACCUCAGCAGCUGCUACAUGGAGCGUACGGCGCCAUACGUGCUAGGUCGGCUGUUCGCUUCUCUGCAGCUCCUUGAGCUGCGGUGGAUCACCUCGCUGCGACUGGAUGGUAAUUAUUUCACCGACGACGGCUUUGGCACCAUGCUCUCCACGAUGUCGGCCGCGAAUGAAAAGCAGACAAUCUUGCCAGUGCUGCGGCAACUCUAUCUCAACAACAUGAACCUCGAUCGACGCUCCGUGGCUGGGCUUUUUGCGUACCUGUUUCCAGUGGACCUCAAGGCCACACACAGGAUCCCGCCCAGUGAGGCGCUUCGCAUCGCCGGCAACCGUGUCUCGCGGCCGUCGAAGGCUUACAUCGCCGCCGACAAGCGUGGUCCUACAGUGCCGCUGUUCCCCUCCCUAACCGUCCUGAGCCUCAGCGACAACCCGGGGAUGGGCACGACGGGACUCAUUCAGAUUCUCCGCAGCUUUUUGGCCGUUCACUAUGAACCGCACGCCCUUUCUGUCAUGGAUCUCUCCAGGUGCGGCUUGGACAGAGCGGCUUCCAGAUACUUGCACGAGUACUUUGAGCAACUCUCGAGGGUAAUCGACACCAACUGUUACCCCGUGGUGCCACGGCGAUUUGUGCUGAUGGGAAACCAGCACGGCAUUGCAGACUUGCAUGAGAUCUACUCGCCAAAAACAACCGGUGUCCAGCUCGUUCUAUGA